AUGGGAAAGAUCUCGGUUGUGACUGGUUGUGCUUCGUGUGUGUGUAUGAGAGACAGAGCAUUUGGGGGAAGAAGAAGAACUAGCUUGACAAAGCCUGCUUGGACAAGUAUUGAGGAGAACUUUACUGCAAAGACUGGGAGAGUUUAUACGAGAAUCCAAUUAAAGAACAAAUAUGAUACCUUGCGAAAGGAGUGGCAGUUAUGGGAUAGGCUGCUCCGUGAGACAGGUUUAGGGUGGGAUGCCGAAAGGAAUACUGAAGUUCCAGGCUAUGAGAAAUUUAGAGAAAGAGGGCUUCAAUUUCAGGCUGAAUUGACUCAACUCUUUGGGUCUAUAGCUGCGACUGGACCACAGUCAUGGGCACCUUCUUCCAUGACACUUCCAAGCGAAGGAGUUCCUGAAAAUGAUAUGGAAGAAGGAUCUGGAGAUAGUGAUGAAAUUUUGGGGGCACCAACUGGCAUAAGCGGGGAGUUUAAUUCAGUCACAUUCAAUGACAAUAGUGGAGGAAGUGAAGGCAACACUGGAAUGAGACAGGAAACCAUUCGUGGGGGUUGA